UACUAGCUAGUCAUUGUCUUCAGGUAACUUUCAUUCUGUCUUUGAAUUACUGAGAGCAGGUGCCUGGGCCCGAUGAAAUGAACUUCUCAGUCGACACAAACACGUCCAUCGUCCUGCUGAAGGAGUCUUUCAAAACAGCGCUGACCAAGAACAUCAUCGUUGUGGCGCUCUCCAUCAUCAUCAGCUACAUCAACGGUGUCAUGGUCCACACCUUCCUAAGACACGAGAUCUUAAACGAGGACCCGCGAUACAUGCUCUUCAUCCACAUGGUGCUUAACGACAUAAUACAGCUGAUGAUUGCAGUCAUGCUUCACGUUUUCACCUAUGUGUUCUACACCAUCAACGUGUCCUUCUGCUGCCUCCUGCUGAUGAUCGUCAUCUUCUGCACCCAGAGCACUCCUCUGUAUUUAGCCAGUAUGGCUAUCGAGUGCUACAUCGCCGUCUGUUACCCCUUACGACAUACCCAGAUCUGCACCGUCAGAAGAACUCACAUCCUCUUUGCCCUCAUCUACACAUUGGUUGCCCUCCCUGUUCUGCCAGACAUCAUAGUUCUACUGGCUAUAGAACCGCUAAAUUUCUUCCGCUCCACAGCUGUCUGCGUGCGUGAGACUAUCCUUCGAUAUCCUAUUUUGCAGCAGAAAAAGGAUAUUACAGACAUGGUGUACCUGGUCUUUGUCUGGUGUAUCCUGAUCUUCUCAUACCUGAGGAUCCUCAUGGCAGCGAAGGCAGCAAAGUCAGACAGUCAAAAGGCUCGGAACACUAUCAUCCUGCAUGCUGUGCAGCUUCUGAUGUCAAUGCUGACCUACUUAGCUCCAGUAAUUUAUAAUCUCCUGCUGUACAUGUUCCCUAAGUACAUUCUAGACGUGAGGUUCACAACCUACCUGAUAGUUCAGAUUUUGCCAAGAUUUCUCAGUCCAUUUAUCUAUGGUGUUAGAGACCAAACUUUCCGUAAGUAUCUAAAGAAAUACUUUUGUAACACAACUGUCCAUAAUAGAAAUGUAUCCAUGUCAAUUUGAAUUAAUCGGGCCACCUGCAAAAGUUCUGCCCUGAUUUCUGUUGUGUCAGCAGGGACACCUCAGGUCUCAUUUGUAUUUACCAUUAAUUCCGCUUGCCUGCAGGUAGAAUAUUCAGUUUGCUGAAAGUAAAUCUUCCACAAUCAUGGUAACUUUGGCAGUGUUUUAGUAUGACUUGUUUUUCAGAAUCUACUAUUUAGAAUGACAGCUCUGUGACAUACGCCAUAUGUAUAAAUAAAUAAAGGUAAUUAAUUUCUUAAAUUUAAUGGCACCAA